CCAUUAAAAAAGCUAUUACAGCAAUCCACAUAGGCUAUGAUCUAAGGCACAGCUGGGGUGGAAGCAGAAGGAACAGAUGAAUUUGAAAGAUACUUAGGAGAUAAAAUCAACAGGUAAAUGACUAGGUGUGUGAGGCAAGAGAGACGGGAGAUUCAGAAAUGGCACUUGGGUUUCCGGUCAGGACAACAGAAUGGACGGUAAUGUAAUUUGCUAGAACACAGGAAAGAGAGUGCGUUUGGGUAAUAAAGGUGAUUUCAGCCAUGGACCUGUUAAGAUUUCCUAUGAGAUUUACAUGAAAUUAAUGUAAGUUGAAUAGUGGAUCACGAAAUAUAAGCCAGAUGGAAAGGAAGUAAAAAGAGAAAGUUGAUGAUAGGAGGAAAGGAGAGGGGUCAAGAUUUGGAAGCAUCCAUAAAUUACAUGGACAAGUGUGGAGGAGUAACCACUAGAGGUCCGAGUUGGUAAGAGCUUAUGCUCAGAAAGUGGGAUGUCUGCAUUCAUGAAUUCAGAGGUAGACAUGUCCUGGUGAAGACAAGUGCACAGGUGGCUGUGGGAGUGGUUGGCUGAAGUGGAGUUAAGGUUAGGGUCCUUGGAAAUGAGGCACUAGCAGCUCAACUCAGUGCUGGGGUUUCACUUUCCUGGAGUCCAUGCUGCUAUUUCAUUUGGAACUCAGAUGCUUUUAGGGUACUGAGUAUGUUUUCACUAAUAUCUGUACCUUAAUAUUUGUGCCCAUACACACAGGGGGUCAUGUAUAAAAUUCUUUGGUGGGUGAUUCUGCUGUAUCUAAUUGUCUCAUGGAGAAAAUGGAACUUACUGAAGAAAAGAAUGGCAGCUCUUCUGCAAAUAAAUAAGCAAAUACACAUAAGCUUGUAAUACAUUACUGUUAAAACCAGAGAAAAGAACCUGCUUUAUAAUUAAUUUGAUUAACAUAUUCACCACUAUUGGAUUCAGUUUAAUUUAAUAAAAUUUGGUUAAAAAGUGCUGGCAUAGAUAAAACUAAAUGUUUAUAUAAACAAGCAUUUGAACAGCUGAGGGAAAAGAUUGAUCGUUGAGGGCUAAAGGUUUAAGAGCCUUAUAGAAGAUGUAACAAUUGAUCUGAACCUUAGAAGAUGGGUUAAAAUCUAAACUAGGGAACCUAUACUAUAUACUAAUUAUACAUUUAAUAGGCUUGGGUUCGAAUCCUGACUCUGCCUCUUUCUGGCUGUAAGCCCUUGUUCAAAUUAAUUAAUCUUUCUAAAAAUAAAUGUUCUCAUCUGUAAUAUAAAAAUAUUAAUAGUCUUACUUAUAAAAUGUAAGUACAUUUAAAAGCUUUUGUCCUGUAGUAAUUGACUGAAGUACAAGCACUAAAAAUGUUAAUCAUCAAAAGCAUAAAGAUUAUAUAGGCGUUUCCCGCCGCUGGGGUCAGGGGUCGAGGUUCGGGUCGUGGGGCCGAGGGAAGAGCGGGCGGGCGGGCGGGAGGCGCCGGCGCCAGACGCGGAGGGAAGGAGCUACGAGUAGCCGCCGAGAGGCCGCGGAGCCAGCGACGACCGACCCAACCGAGCCGCCGCCGCCGCCGCCGCGAUGGCGGCCGCCAAGGACACUCAUGAGGACCAUGAUACUUCCACUGAGAAUACAGACGAGUCCAACCAUGACCCUCAGUUUGAGCCAAUAGUUUCUCUUCCUGAGCAAGAAAUUAAAACACUGGAAGAAGAUGAAGAGGAACUUUUUAAAAUGCGGCCAAAACUGUUUCGAUUUGCCUCCGAGAACGAUCUCCCAGAAUGGAAGGAGCGAGGCACUGGUGACGUCAAGCUCCUGAAGCACAAGGAGAAAGGGGCCAUCCGCCUCCUCAUGCGGAGGGACAAGACCCUGAAGAUCUGUGCCAACCACUACAUCACGCCGAUGAUGGAGCUGAAGCCCAACGCAGGUAGCGACCGUGCCUGGGUCUGGAACACCCACGCUGACUUCGCCGACGAGUGCCCCAAGCCAGAGCUGCUGGCCAUCUGCUUCCUGAAUGCUGAGAAUGCACAGAAAUUCAAAACAAAGUUUGAAGAAUGCAGGAAAGAGAUCGAAGAGAGAGAAAAGAAAGCAGGAUCAGGCAAAAAUGAUCAUGCCGAAAAAGUGGCGGAAAAGCUAGAAGCUCUCUCGGUGAAGGAGACCAAGGAGGAUGCUGAGGAGAAGCAAUAAAUCGUCUUAUUUUAUUUUCUUUUCCUCUCUUUCCUUUCCUUUUUUUAAAAAAAUUUUACCCUGCCCCUCUUUUUCGGUUUGUUUUUAUUCUUUCAUUUUUACAAGGGACGUUAUAUAAAGAACUGAACUCAAAAAAAAAAGAUUAUAUAAUAUAGAGGUUAUAUAUAGAGAAGAAAUUAAUAUAUUUUAAAACUGAACAUUUUUGUUGUGAAAAAAAUUAUAAAAAAUUUAAACAGAAUUAAAAAUGCAUUUAUUGUAUCCCAAAUAUUGGCAAAUGAUAUCAUCAGAAUAUACCAGAUGGUUGAUACCAUUAGUGUUGCCCAAUAAUUGUUUAUUUUCAUUUAUCGGUACACAGAUAAUUAUGCUUUCCUUUCUACUUGAAGUUAGGUGUGGCCAGUGAUUGGUUCUGGCCAGUGAAAUGUAAGUGGAAAUAUCUCCUUCAAUAAAGCACUUAAUUACUUGACCUUAAUUCCCCAAUUCUCUUCUGCCAUGCAAACCUCUAAGCCUGGUGUUAAAAUGGAAUUAUCAAAAAAUGUGGAACAUUCAAUAACCUGGUUGUUUGAGCUCCAGAUUUCUAAUUCACAUGUGCUGACCAUGAGCAAGAGCCAAAUGGGCAUUGUUUGUUAUGCCACAUAAUUUAAACUGUACUAACUGAUACCAGUUAUAAGGUUCUCUAUCUCAAAUGAGAGAAUAGAUUGAGAGAAAGCAAUGUUGUCUUUUAUCUAGGCCUGGGCAGACAUGUAUUAACAUGCGUUGAUAAAUAAAUAUGUGUCAGACACAUAUUGAUAAAUCAAGAAGAAAAUAGUAAAGUUAAGAUAUAUAAUAAAUGGUAACAUAAUUUUAUCCUCCUAACAAAUACAUAGACAAUGAUGUAGUUAACAUUAUCCAUAUUAGUUUAUCAUCUUAAAAAUCAUUUUCUAAGUUUUUAAUUUCAUGUGACACAGAUAGCAUUUCGUCUUUCCAUGUUGCCUCCCUUCUAAGAGCUUAUACUCUAAGACCAAUAAUAUAGCAUAGGUUAAGUAUGAAGCAAACAACCUGUUAAAUAUAUCAGGGUUCUAGGUAUGAUGAAACGCAUGAUAAAAGGCACAAUUAGGAGUGAGAAACACAUGAUGAAAUAAACCUAAAUGCUCUUUCUACUUGGUGGGUAGCUUGAUGGGUUCCCCUUCCCUGAUAGAAUGAAAAGUAUUUGUUGAGAAAGUAAAACAUUAUUGACAUUUGAAUACAUAAUGGGAAAGGGCUAAGACACAAAAGGGUGUUUAUGGCAAUCAUAGGUAAUGUCUCCACUCAAAAUGUGGAGAAGGUUACCGUAGUGAAGUCUUCAAACUGUCAUCUAGGUAUCUAGGAACCACAGGCAGUAAGGAUUGCGUCUGGAUGUUACUGUGCCUCUGAUGAUACCACUGCCAUUUCAGUAGAGUGGAUCUCCAUGUCAAGUGGAUCUAUGCUAAGAGUCCUUGGCACAGAUUUCUGAUCCCUUCAAUCCUGAAGAAUUGGCAUGAAUAGUUCCAUUUUGCUUUGUGGCAAUAGUUCUGACUCUGAAGUCAACCCUAAUCACAAAAUAUCUCUGUGAAUUGAAAGUGAACAAGAGAUGUCAAUGAAAAUUCUCAGUGCUUCUCAGAACUGUAAGGCCUCCAAAGAAGUGUAAAUUUAGGAAGGCUAUGCAGAAAAUGGCAGGAGGAUGACGGUUCAUUCUCCACCCUAUAGCAGAAGUGAUCUUUGAAAUGUUGGUCUGCUCAUAUUAUUUCCACUGUUACUUAAAACCCUUCAAUGGCUUUCCAUUCCUCUUAAAUUGAUGGCCAUGAAGAACCUCAAGAUAAAAAGAUAAAAUGACCCAAAAGACAAUAAAUGAUGUGAACACUGUCUACCUUUCCAGCUCUUCUCUUAUUAUUUCCUUAUCAUUUCCUUCCCUGGAGCCAUCACUCUAGAUCAGCCAUGCUUCCUCCCACCAUGAAGAUCUUACGCAUGCAAUUAUCUCUACCAAGAUGUUUUUCCUUCCCUUCCCUUCUUAGUAGUUCACACUGCUUAUCUCUCAGCCACAUGUCAUCUACCAUUUCUUAUGGAGUCUUAUAUUACUCCUUGGCUAAGUCACAUCCUCCUGCAACAGGGUUUUGUACCACUGAGGACCUCCCCUUUGUGGUCAUUGUCAGAAUUGAAAUUUAAUAAUUGUGUAGGCAUAAUUCAUUGAUGGAUAUUUGUUGUUAUACAUAUUUUUUUAUUUUGCUGGAAGGUAAACACUACAAAAACAAGAGGAUAUAUAGGUUUCCAUUUAGCUUCCUUUGCCAGUGUUUGCUGAAGGGUCAAACAAGUGGCAGAUUUUGAAUACAUAUUGGUUGAAUAAAUUAAUAUUGUUGAACACUACGAUGAUACCCUAAUGAACAGAUGUGCCUUCUGACUCACUUAAAUGCUUAAAAUAAAAGUCAAGGUAUUUUGGAGGGUGUAGAUGACACAGACAUCCUUCAAAAUGUUGCAGUUCACUAUUCAGAGAAAAAUGUGGAAUCUGAUGUUAGUCUUUUAAGUUGAGGGAAGGAGAGGAAACUGUCAAAGCAGUGCUUCUCAUGGGAAUUUUUUCUUUGCCACGGUUCAUAAAUGAAAGGUAAGGAAUGAGUCACCAUGUUGAUAGUGCAUUCAACCUCUCAGAUACUCUGCAAAAAGGAUUUUAUACAUUCUGGCUUAAUUAGGAUCCUUAGGUAAUAUCCUAGUCUAAAAAAUAAA